AUGUUAAAGACAAUUUUUAUACUAGGAACAGGUUUCCUUUUGACAGCGCUGUGUAUGCUGUCGAUAAGUGAAGCAGCAGUGAUAGCUGUUGAUUACGGGACAAACUGGUUUAAAGUUGGCCUUGUUAAACCGGGAAUACCCCUUGAUAUUGUAUUAAAUCGUGACUCAAAACGAAAAACUCCGUCUGUGUUAACUAUACGUGGCGAAGAAAGAAUUUAUGGGACGGACGCAGUAAACCUUGGUGCACGGUUUCCAUUUAAUACUUACCUUAGUCUCAAGCAAAUUAUCGGACGUCUUGCUGAUGAUAAAUACGUGCAAGCAUAUCAAUCGGUUUUUCCUAACAAGAUUAUACCUGAUCCUUUAAGAGGAACUAUCUUAUUUCAACAUAAUGAGACUACAGUAUUUUCCAUAGAGGAACUUCUCGCAAUGCAACUUUCCUACGCUAGAGAAUUAGCUGAAGCUACUGCUCAUGAAUCAAUAAAAGAUGUUGUUAUCACGCCACAAUACCAUAUAUUUUAUGAUAUGGGUGCUGGUAGCACAAAAGCAAGCUUAAUAAGUUUUAAGACAGUUGAAAUGAAAGAUAUAGGUCGUUUUAACAAAACAGUUAUCAAUAUGGAUGUAAUUUCAAUUGGAUAUGAUAGAACUCUUGGUGGACAAGAAAUUGAUAUUCGUCUUCGAUCAUAUUUCGCUGAAAAAUUUGAUAAAACUUAUGAAGGAAAAUUAAAAGAAUCCAUUAUUAAAUCUCCACGUGCUAUGACAAGAUUACUUAAAGAAGCUAAUAGAGUGAAACAAAUUCUUAGCGCAAAUACGGAAACUGUGGCAUCAUUGGAAAAUUUGCAUGAAGAGCGUGAUUUCCGUCUUGCUAUAACUCGAUCUGAACUUGAAACAAUGAUAACUGAUCUUAUAAAACGUGUCAAUGGACCAAUUCAAGAUGUGUUGAAUAAUGCAAAAAUGACUUUGGCUGAUGUUAAUUCCUGUGUAUUGGUUGGUGGUGGAGUUCGAGUACCAGCUAUUCAAUCUACGAUUAAAGAUAUUGUUGGAGAGGAUAAGAUAGCUCAAAAUGUGAAUGGUGACGAAGCUGCUGUUCUUGGUGCGGCUUUUAGAGGUGCUGGAUUAAGCCGUCAAUUCAAAGUUAAAGAAAUUAAAAUCAAAGACAUCGCUUCAUAUCCUAUUAAAGUUGAUUACGAGUCUGAAUUAAAAGAGUCCGAAGACGGAACCAUGAAUACCAAAACCUAUCGUACGAUUUUGUUUGAUGAAUAUACAUCUGUUGGAACUCGUAAAAUAAUGAGUUUUAAACGAACCAGCGAUUUUAAUUUCUCAAUAAAUUAUGGAAAUUUAAAUGAAAAUAUUUUAAAAGAUUUUGGACCAACGGAUAUAGCUGCUGCUAAGAUUACAGGAUUGUCCGAUAUCGUCAAGAAGCAUAAUGAUAACGGUAUAGAACAACCUAAAUUAAAGGUUACCUUACAGUUAUCUGAUUCUGGUAUUGUAUCUGUGAUUGAUGCCGUUGCAACUAUUGAGCAUCAGACUAUUUCAGAUAAGAUAAGAACAUUCUUUGGUGUCAAUAACAAUAAAUCAGAUGAAGCACUUAAAGAAGUACCAUUUUCUGAUGAAUCUGCCCCUCCAGAUAAUGCAUCGCAACCUGUUCCAGGGGAAAACGACACACAGACUAAUGAUACUGAACAAAUUCAGAAAAAAAUCGAGUCAAUUCCAUUGAAUCUUGAGGUUGAAUAUCUUGGCAUAAAACCCAUGGGAUUUAAUGAGAAAGAUGCAGCCAUAAGACGGUUACGCACCAUGGAUGAGACUGAUCGCCGACGUCGAGCACGUGAAGAAGCCAGAAAUAACCUUGAGUCUUUUGUUUAUAAUUUGCAAGACUUUUUGUCGGAUCAAAUUGUAAUUAAAGUUAGUACCGAUAAGCAACGUAAAGAAUUAGCAGCAAAAUCUUCUGAAACAUCUGAAUGGCUGUACGAAGAAGGUGAAGAUGCCCCAAUAGAGUCCUUACUAACGCGUCUUAAUAGUCUAAGGUUACUUGAGAAACCAAUCGUAUAUAGACGCGAUGAGCACGCUCGACGUCCUGAAGCAGUCAACGCGAUUCAAUCAGCCAUAAAUAGUACCCGAGAAUUUGUAGAAAAAAUUAAAGGGAAUACAACCGUUGAACGGUAUCAUACAGACGAAGAACUUGAUAAAUUAUUGAAUGUGUGUAAUAAGAUUGAGAAAUGGCUUGAUGAGAAACUAACAGAACAAAAUAAAAUUGAACCUUAUGUCGAUCCUGUCUUGACUACGGUAGAAAUUGAAAGGAUGUUACGGGAGAUAGAACGCGAAUUUUUAAUUGUAGCUACAAAGAGACCACCGAAGAGAAAAGCAACUCCAUCAGCAACUACCGAUAGCGAAAGUACUAAUAACGUUAAUAAUACCGAUUCUGAUCAAAAAUCAACCACAACUCAAGUUGUUAAAGAAUCUCCUACACAUGAAGAAUUAUAA